AUGUCACAAUUGAUAGAACAACAGGAAGAACAUCAAAAUCAAAGAUACAGGCUAAACAAACAAGAUGAAGACUUGCCCAUGGAUUUGGGAAGUCUGCAAGACAUAUUCACAUUCAAGUUCUUUGAAGGGAGACCGAUAGCCAACAUAAUCAUGGCCAUUCUGUGGAGCAUUGGAUUGCCCAUUCUAUUGUAUCAGCUUUUGAAGCCCCAUUUAGGUCAGGUUGUUGCCAUGAUCAUUGCUUCAUGUCCUCCUUUAGUGAUUGUGGUAUGCCGAAUGAUCAAAUCAAGGACAUUGGACGUUCUAGGAUUUGUAGCAGGUGUCAGUUUCCUAAUCACAGGCAUUAUCUCCAUCGCACAGCCUUCACCUGCCGUAUCAUCCAUAUGUGAGUCCAUCAUUCCAUUGUUGAUAGGCGUCUUUUGCAUUUUAUCGUUAUUUCCCAUCAAGAUUGGUACAUUUGAAUUACGGCCAUUGGUAUUCCAAAUCACAAAUCAACUCAUGCCCAGACCACCUGUAGAUGAAAAGUUGGCAGAACAAGACGAGCAGAGACUACAGCAGCAGCAGCAAUGCGACAAAUCAAAGACAUUGAAUUGGGUAUAUACACACAUGGCCAAGAUUCGAAACGACCUGAGGAUCUUGACAGCGUGCUGGGGAGUCAUGCUCAUUGUUGGAUUCAUUAUCAAGGCUAUUAUCGCAUCAACCAAUACCGAUAUUAGCAAGGCACAAAAUUUCGGCUACAUCUUUUUUACGGUAGCAACAGUAGGCAUGGUGGUUGUUUCCUGGCUUUUUACAAAGAUCAUGAACAGACAUGUCAAAGAUGAGGUCGAUAAAAUGCAGAGAAAUAGUGGGCACUCUGAAGGCUACGAAAACACGCAAUGGGGUAUUCAAGCCAUGUCAACAGGGUUUAAUCAGAUUGUUUCUUGA